UGAAGCUUGUCCUUAAAGACCCUUCCUUGAUGGGGUGUCUAGCACAUUUUCUCACUUCUUGGUCCAAUUCAGUGUCCUUUUAGUGACUUUAAAAGCAAUGUAUGGUUUCUAUGAAGAACUUGUGAAAAUUAGAGAAAAGAUUUUUGAAGAAAUUGAAAUCAACACCAACGUUCCGUCUCCUGCCUCUCUGGAGGCUCCUCUGCUGGCUGCCACAGCACCUGGGCCUGCUGUAGCUGAGGCUGGUGGCUCACUUGGGUGUGAUUUUAGAGGGCCUGUGAUGCGGCUGUUCUCGUGAACACAACCCAUUGGUUACUUUGGCUCUAGUCAGCCAAGCACCAUCUUUUCUUCCUCUUUUUCUAGAACCUGGAGUUCUGGGUUCGGGGGUAGGGGGGUGGGGCUUCUACCUAGAGUCAGCAUGGGCCAUGCCCUCGCCUUGCCCCACUUGUGGCCCAUGCUGACCUUGGCUGGCCCUGCACCAGGGAGGUGUCAUGUGUCCCGGCAGUGGGAUGGGGGCUCAGGGGCUGGUCAUCCAGGUCUGAUGUGCAGUGGCCAUCUAGAGAGGCUUGGGAGCCUCCCUGCACCCUGACCUUGCCCCUGGCUUGCUCUACCCUGGCUCUGCCGGACUGCUCCAAGACCACUCAGUUCCUGAGAAGGGGGCUCUGCCAGCCCCAGGCCUGUUGAUGCCACCUAUAGCAGGCGAGCCACUUCUGAAAAGGCAGGGGUCCAGGUGGUUCCCCUCCUCGGGGCAGACCUUUUAUCUACCCAUGGCCCACCCUUCUGCCCUAUCUCUGAUACUAGGCCUGCUGUGGCCUCAGACAAGUGCCCAGAGAGGAGAGCAGGCUAUUCCUGUGCCCUUUCCACCCUGCCUGUGGGGCUUCCACAAUGGGAUCCCGUCUUUUCUGAGUAUCUCCUGGGUCCCCUCUCUGCAUUCAGUAGACAUGAAUUGGGCCCUUAUGUGCCAGGCAGCAAAGGGCAACAGUAUCACACAGUGCUGGAAGCUGGGGGCCUAGAGAACUCCAUUUCACCAAGAGGGGUGAGCCCACCCCACCUUUGGGCACCUCCCUGGGAAGCUGGGCAGAGGUGGGGUGUGCCCCUUGUGAGAAUAGAGUGCUACUGUGGAAUGGGCUCUCAGAGGCCUCUCUCCUCCUCCAGGAAGGUGUCCUGGGUUCCUGGUAGGGUUUUUUCCCCCUGGGCCCCAGAAGCCAUUUGCAUUGUGGUGCAACACUAGGUGGGGUCUGCAGACAUCCCCCAGACCCGGCCUCAGUCUCCACCCCUCCCCUCACUGCCCCUUCAGAGCCACAUUGCAGGAUGAUAGGGACCUAUGAAUGUCAGAGGGUUGCUUGUUGGGCUGCCAGCACCUGGGCUGGGCUGUCUUAUCUCUCCGUUUGGGGCAUCUGGGAUAGGGUGGCUGGUCCUCACCCUAGAACAGCAGGAAGACCUGUGGUCAUCACAGCCCACAAGGACAGAACUGUGUCCUCAUUGGCGGAGGCGGGGGUAGAAAUUCUACGUGAGCUCCCUGCUAAGACCUGCUAUGCGUAGCCUCAGGCACCCUGGCCUCUGAGCCUCAGUUUCCCUAUCUGCCUAGGUGUCUUCAGGGGUUGGACAGGUGGGUGCAGGUACUCUGAGGUCCAGGACCUCCCCAGUCUGACCCAUUGGUCCUGGGAGCCCCAUGGGUGAGUGCCACUCUCAGACAGCGGUGCUAAUGAAGAACCUGAUUUAAAUGAAAACUCUGAGUCGAAAUUUUCCAUUCCACAUUUAGCUGUGGCGGACAUUCUGCCCCUAAGCCAUCCCCCCUCCUCUCGGCGGCGUCUCCCUGCCGGCCCAGACGGGACUCCAGGCCUCAGCUGGGUGGGGCCCACGUUGGUGGCGCAUGUCCUGGCCUGUGGCCCUGAAGGAGAGCUUGAAGCCUCAGAGUUGUGCCCCCCAGCCAGAGCCAGCCAGAGGGGCUCAUAGGAAAAUGUGGCCGGCCAGACACCCCUCUCUGGCCCAUGGGGUACAGCCUAUCUCUGCCCAACCCUCCUGGCAGGGCAAGCCUAGUGUUCACCGUCAGGCCUGGGUGGGAGUGGGGUGAUGUCCCCACAGGCAGAGGGCCCUUCCUACCCUAAGAUGGGCACAAGCAUGGACCAAGCUCUACCGCCUGCCAGGUCUUGCCUGUGGGAGCAUGUGUAUCCUCAGGUAUCCCCAUGUACCCUUGCCUGUCCUCAGGUGUCCUAUACGUGCCCCAUAUACAGGGGAAGAAAGCCCAGGGCUGGCAGCCUUACCUGGGCAGGGCUGGGGGCAGUGCAGGGAGAGGGGUGUCUGUGAACAUGUGUUCACAUGUGCAUACGUGUGAAGGAAUGUGCAAGUGUGUGUUCACCCAUGUGCACUGUUGCGUGCAGGCAGCGUUCACGUGUGCACCUGCAUCUUACAUGCAGACGUGAUGGCAUGUGCGUGUGUGUCUUCCGUGGACUGAGCAGGUUGCGUUUCUGUGUGAACACGCUUCUGUAUCUGUGCUUAUGUCACGUGCACAUGCAUACUUGUACGUGUGUGCCUGGAGUGUGUGUGCACUCUUGUGUGCACACACCUGCAUCUUCAUCUUCUCCCCCUGAGCCCACAUGUUUCCUGCAUUCUGGACCCUGGCAGGCUGGUCUGUGAGCCAGUCCCCAUCAGCCACAGAGAGGCUCCUACGGCAAUGCCUGUGUCAAGCCUCGGGGUAGGGAUGGGGAAAUUGUGGCUUAGGUUUCCCAAGCCUCCCCAACUGUGUACACUGUACCACCUGGGCCUGGCUAAGACUUCACAGAGCCCUCAUGGGCAGGCAUUCAGGCAGGUGACACCCAUGCCAGGCAGGGACUUCCAGCACCUUAGUGCAUGCUGUCUAGUCACAGUGCAAAUGUCCAAACAGGCCCCUAUUGACCUGCAGCUACACCCACUCCAGGCACAUCUCAUUUGGAGGGACAUCAGGGCCCAUGGAGGACAUGGUAGUACAGCCUGCCUGGGCUGGUGGGGAGCUCUGGUUGGUGCGCGGUUCAGGCCCUGUCUCCCUAGAUAGGGCCAGAAGGCAGGCUGGAAGCCCAGCACGAUGCAGACUGGCCCCAAGGCCUCUGCACUCAGCUUCUCAUUUGUAACGUGGGACGAACAGCAGUGUCCCCCUCCUCGUGGCUGGGAAGGCCAAGCCCACAUGUACCUUACAGGGAUGGGGUGGGCCUGUGUCCAUUCUCCAUCUCCCCAUCCUUGCCAGCUUGGGACCCCUUGGCCCCUUCCUCUCCCUGAGUAUGCUGGUUCCACAGGCAUGACGGGCCACACUUGGUCUAAUGCUCUGCUCUCAGUGUCCUGAAAUUCCCAAUAAUUGUAAAAUAGGGAGCUGACUUUUUAUUUUGCACAGAAAAUGUAGCCCUCCCUGGAGGUGGUGCAGGCAGCCCAUGAGCCCCACCUCUGCCAAGAGGGCUGAGUGGCUCUCUUGGGUGCCUCUCACCUGCUGGUCCUGCCUUGCUGUGCUGACCACUCCAUGCCACAGGGCCUGCAGUCCUUGCUGCCGUUAAGUGUUGCCUUUAUGUGGGCAGUGCUGGGGAGGGCGGAGGAAAUGCUAUGAGUUGGGCGGCAGGGCUGGGUGGGGAAGGCCCUCCCAGAAGAAGGAGCCAUGCGGACGCAGCCCAUGUCCUCAUGCCGAGCACCCACCUCCAUGGGCUGAGCUCUGGACGAGAGGCAGGGUAAUGCGCGGCUCCUGGCCCUGCUGAGGGCUGCUACCGUGGGAAGUGGAAUCUUUAAAUAGCCUCUUGCUUUCCACUAAAAAUAGCGAAGUUCUGCUGCUGCGGAGGUGGUUGCCGGGGUGUCGGGGCUGGCUCCUGGCCAAGGCCAGUGUGGGUGCAGCAGUGUGGCCGCAUGCAAUGGGUGGCAACGAAUGCGUGGGCCCUGUCCUCUGCUGGUGGCCCCAUGGUCAGGGCUGCUGGGGGGAUCCCCACUAAGCCCGCCACUCCAUAUAUGGCCUAGGUAUGGGGAGGGCAUGAGCCUCUGUGUGCCCCAUGUCACAGAAGCAGGUUCAGGGGCUCAGGCAAGAGAUGGGGAGUCUGAGGUCAGAGGGCUUCUCAGCAGCAGAGUGGGUGGAUUCAGGGACCUACUGUAGGCUCUGUGGCCUGGGGACUGGUGGAUCUCCUGGUAGGUCUCCUCUAGGGCUGGAAGGCAAUUUUCAGGGAGGCAUGUGAUCCCCAUGCAGGGAGGCUGUGGAGGGGAACGCUCCUGGAAGGCUUCUGGGAGAGGGGGCGGUCCUGGAACCAGGUGCUGAGAGUGGUGAGAUAGAAAGAGUGGGGGUGGUGUGUGUCUCUAGAGCCCCCAACUGUUCUGUGUGGCCAUCUGGGGAGUAAAGUGACAAAAAGAAGGGGCUGGCAGGAUGGGGAUUUGCCCCCCCCUCCAUGUAUUUACUGACGCAGGACCGGGGCUCCCUACAUCCCCAAAUCUCCCUGAUGACAGGGUCCCACCAGUUUGGGUGAGGCCUGGGGUUGGCCCGAGCUGCCUAGUAGGUCACCGUCCCCUGUCCCCUGCAACAUGUGGGCUCUGCAGGUGUGUUCUCAUCCUGGGCCCUGGCCUCCACUCUGUGUCCCUGGGACAGGUGGCUCAGGGAUAGUCAGGCUGGGGUGAAAAGGUGUAUGUGCCCUGCCUUGGCCAGCUGGCCUCUGAGCCUCAGUUUUCCUCCAUUAUGAGUUCUGUUCCAGACAGCCACAGAGGGGUGCUGGUGUGGGGUCAGAGCUGGCACCCGGGGAGUCUAGAUACUGUUCAAAAUGCACAAGGCCCUGAGGGCAAGCCAGAGGUGUGGCACGGAAUAGCCGAGGCCUCCUGGUGGGCCUACAGCACCGUCCCCCACUCUGUCAAGUUCUGAUGGUGGCCCCGUAGGCCACACCACGUGUCCCCAAUCCCUCUGUAACCCCAGGCCCAGCUCUCGCCCUGCUGCCCACUGCAGGUGCCCAUGGUUGACACGCGCUGUGUCCCCAGCUGUUCCUGUCUACAAUGGCAUCAUCUUCCUCUUCGUGCUGGCCAACUUCAGCAUGGCCACCUUCAUGGACCCUGGUGUCUUCCCCCGAGCGGACGAGGACGAGGACAAGGAGGACGACUUCCGGGCCCCACUCUACAAGAACGUGGACGUGCGCGGCAUCCAGGUCCGCAUGAAGUGGUGUGCCACAUGCCACUUCUACCGCCCGCCGCGCUGCUCCCACUGCAGCGUCUGUGACAACUGCGUGGAGGACUUCGACCACCACUGCCCCUGGGUCAACAACUGCAUCGGGCGCCGCAACUACCGCUACUUCUUCUUGUUCCUGCUGUCGCUCAGCGCGCACAUGGUGGGCGUUGUGGCCUUUGGCCUGGUCUAUGUGCUGAACCACGCUGAGGGGCUGGGAGCUGCUCACACCACCAUCACCAUGGCUGUCAUGUGUGUGGCCGGCCUGUUCUUCAUCCCUGUCAUCGGCCUCACUGGCUUCCAUGUCGUGCUGGUCACUAGGGGACGCACCACUAACGAGCAGGUGACGGGGAAGUUCCGCGGGGGUGUGAACCCCUUCACCCGAGGCUGCUGUGGGAACGUGGAGCACGUGCUAUGCAGCCCCCUGGCUCCCCGGUAUGUGGUGGAGUCGCCCCGGCUGCCCCUGGCUGUGAGCCUGAAGCCGCCCUUUCUCCGGCCUGAGCUCCUGGAGCGAGCAGCACCGCUCAAAGUCAAGCUCAGUGACAAUGGGCUGAAGGCCAGCCUGGGCCGUAGCAAGUCCAAGGGCAGCCUGGAACGCCUGGAUGAGAAGCCGCUGGACCUGGGGCCACCCCUGCCCCCCAAGAUAGAUGCUGGCACAUUCGGCAGUGACCUGCAGACACCACGCCCGGGCAGUGCUGAGAGCGCCCUGUCGGUGCAGAGGACCAGCCCCCCGACGCCUGCCAUGUAUAAGUUUCGGCCAGCCUUCUCCACGGGGCCCAAGUCUCCCUUCUGCGGGCCAGGCGAGCAGGUCUCAGGCCCUGACUCACUGACCCUGGGGGACGACAGCAUCCACAGCCUGGACUUCGUGUCCGAGCCCAGCCUGGACCUCCCUAACUAUGGGCCCAGCAGUCUGCACACGGCCUACCCUCCGUCCCCGCCACUCAGCGCCUCUGACGCCUUCUCGGGUGCCCUGCGCUCCCUGAGCCUCAAGGCCGCAGGCCGGCGGGGUGGGGACCAUGUUGCCCUGCAGCCUUUGCGCUCAGAGGGUGGGCCCCCCACACCCCACCGCAGCAUCUUCGCCCCCCACGCACUGCCCAACCGCAAUGGCAGCCUGUCCUAUGACAGCUUGCUCAACCCUGGCUCUCCUGGCAGCCACACCUGCCCAGCCCACCCUUCCGUCGUUGGCGUGGCUGGCUACCGCUCACCCUACCUGCACCCUGGGGCAGUGGGUGACCCACCACGGGCCCCGCCCCGCAGCUUCAGCCCUGUUCUGGGCCCCCGGCCGCGGGAGCCUUCGCCCGUGCGCUACGACAACCUGUCCAGGACCAUCAUGGCAUCCAUCCAGGAGCGCAAGGACAGGGAAGAGCGUGAGCGGCUGCUUCGCUCUCAGGCCGACUCGCUCUUCGGAGACUCGGGUGUCUAUGAUGCGCCCAGCUCCUACAGCCUGCAGCAGGCCAGCGUGCUGUCUGAGGGCCCCCGUGGGCCAGUGCUGCACUAUGGCUCCAGGGACGACCUCAUGGCGGGGCCUGGCUUUGGAGGUGCUCGCAAUCCCGCCCUGCAGACCUCACUGUCCUCGCUGUCGAGCUCCGUGAGCCGGGCACCACGGACGUCGUCCUCCUCCCUGCAGGCCGACCAGGCCAACAGCACUGCAGGGACUCGGCCCAGCAGCGGUUCGCACAGGUCACCCUCGCGCCAAGGCCUGCCUUCCCCACCUGGCACUCCCCACUCACCCUCCUUCUCGGGCCCCAAAACUGUCGCCUUCAUCCACACGGACCUCCCGGAGCCGCCCCCCUCGCUGGCCAUGCAAAGGGGGCGGAUUGGCACCUGCAGCCGUGGAUGGGGGCGACGCGGCCCGCCCAGGGUGCCCCCCGGGCUACACCUGUGCCACCUUGGCCGCCCUGAGGACCGCCCACCGCUGCGGGACCCCUGGAGCCCAGCUCCUGGGGUGCCCCCCCGCGGGGCCAUGUGCCGCCUGCACUUGGCUGCGUCCAGCCUUUUCCCCAGCCUCUCGGGCCCCUAGCAGGAUGCCAAGUAGGCAGCUCUGGAGCCCGUGCCAGCCCCGCUGGGGACCCAGGAGGCCCUGAAGCCGUGGACCCUGGGCAGGGCUGGGUGUGGGCUGAGGGAUCUCUCUACCAGCCACAACUUGACUGAUUCCCACCCUGCCAGGGCCCAUGACCCUGUGUCCAUGUGACCUCAGGAAGUCCCCAACCUGCUGCAGGGGGUCCAACACCCCAUAAGGGUGGCCCUGGAGUUGCUGGGACCAGUGAACCUUCGCCCCAGCCUCCCUGCCCAACCAAGCACUUUAGAUGAAACCACUUCCUCCCUAGGGAGCCCAGGCCUCUGUGGGUUGGGCCGGGGGGGUCUCAGGUUGCCCUGCAGGUCACUGCACUACCCCCAACCCUGUCCCCAGCACAGGAACAGAUGCCUUAACUUCCUGCAGCCUCCAGCCUGGUGAGCUGCCAACCCUCUUACCUGCUCGCUGAGUCCCCCUGACCAGCUCUGCCCCAUCCCACCUGGGCUGCCCUCACCCAGAGAUAAUGCACCUGGGAGCCCAGAGGGCCCGCAGCCCACAGCCCUGCAGUCCCCAAGUCCACUCGGCCUGGGUGCCCCAGAUUGGAGCAAGGUGGUGUCCUGACCAGCCCUUCUGCAUAGGGUCCCUGUCCUGGGGUCCGCUCUGGGUAGUGGCUCCAUUUCUUCCAUUUUGGGACAAGAUAGCCACAAAGCUAUUCUCUAUUGUUCUAAAGGGUACCCCCAAUUCAAUUCCCCAAAUAAAGUUUUGGUGUUUAUCUCCACAGCUCUGUCU